AUGGGGCGGGACACGGGGGACGGGGACGUGGAAGGGGUCGGGUCACGGAACGGGGACGCUGGGGGAUCGGGGCACGGAGAGAAUGUGGAGACUGGGGGAUCGGGGCACGGAGAGAAUGUGGACACUGGGGGAUCGGGGCACGGGGAGAAUGUGGAGACUGGGGGAUCGGGGCACGCCCCGGCGGCGGGCUCCGCCGGGGCGCUAUCCCCGCCCGCCCCCGCCUCCAAGUGGGUGCGGCUGAACGUGGGCGGCACGUACUUCGUGAGCACCCGGCAGACGCUGUGCCGGGAGCCCAAGUCCUUCCUGUGCCGGCUCUGCUGCCAGGAGGGGCCCGAGCUCGGCUCCGACAAGGAUGAGACAGGGGCCUAUCUCAUUGACAGAGACCCCACGUACUUCGGUCCCAUACUGAACUACCUCCGGCACGGGAAGCUCAUCAUAAACAAGGAGCUUGCAGAGGAAGGGGUGCUGGAAGAGGCUGAGUUUUACAACAUCGCAUCCCUUGUGCGGCUGGUGAAGGAGCGGAUACGGGACAACGAGAACAGAACCUCUCAAGGACCCGUGAAACACGUGUACAGAGUGCUGCAGUGCCAAGAGGAAGAGCUCACACAGAUGGUGUCCACCAUGUCCGACGGAUGGAAAUUUGAACAGCUGAUUAGCAUUGGAUCUUCCUAUAACUACGGAAACGAAGACCAGGCAGAAUUCCUCUGUGUUGUGUCCAGGGAGCUCAACAAUUCUACCAAUGGCAUUGUCAAGGAGCCAAGUGAGAAGGCCAAGAUUCUUCAGGAGCGAGGAUCCCGGAUGUAAUUCAAGUGUCCACUCCAUCACACUCCCGGAUGUCACAGGGCAGUCCAGCUGGGCAGAGCAUCUCUCCACAGAGCAACCCAGCCCUUGUACAAUAACCAAGCUAAUGCAAAGCAAAGCCAAGCCUGUCCUGCCAAUGGCAAAUAAUUCUGGUCAUAACCAAAGGCUUUUCUCUUACCCUGGAAACGGAGGAAGGAAAAGACUCUACCAGCUGGAUAGUCCUUCCCGCAAGUAUUGUUUUAUUUAGUUGGCCAGCGCUGUAUUGAAUUUUUCCGACAAUGGCUGGGCCGGAUUCCCAGUCAGAGCCUUUGUGAAGGUUGCUCAGGUCCUCAGGCCCUUGUAAUCAAUCCCACCUUUCACAGGUUGCUGUGGGUGGGAAGGUCUAUAUUUGAGCUGUGCCAUUUCUUGCACCCAGGUCUGCCACCAGAAAAGUGCAGGGACCUUGCAGUGCUCCCCACUUCUUCCCCAAAUCUGAAGAACAGGACUUUAAAAGUAGGAACAAAACAACCAUUUCUAAAAAAUCCACACAAACUUUUCCAUCCUUGCUUUGUAUUUGUUCCUUGUUCAGUUCCUAAGAGCUGAGUUUAGAUCUGAGGGGAGGGGAGGGGAGUUGUGUGUCCAUCUGACGCAGGUCUCACUGGUAACACUAUUACACAUGGGCUCCUGGUAUUUUCCAAAGCCCCUUACUUUGCAUGCUUAAACAAAGAGGCCUGUGUUCACCCAAAAUAGUGAUAGAGUGAUAGUCCUGUCCUUUACACUUCUCCACACAGCAAGAGUGGUGACAUCUUCCCCUCCAGUACCCUGCCAUGGCCAUAUCUUAGCCUGGUGCAAAGUCACAAGGUUUAGGGACUUGCUGCUGCCAAGUUCAGCUUUGCCUUGUUUGUCUCCAGCAGUGUGGGCUCUGUCUCCUUCCCUCUCACCAGGGAAGGCUUCAGGCAGAAUUUCUUUUGUACUGUACCAAGCAGGUAGGUUUGUCUGACCCCACGAGAUCCUUUGCAGAGGAGAUCCCCUAUUUACACGCAGUAAUUUACCUGCAGCCCCCACCUUUAAGGGAUCACCUCAAAUUACAGAGGGACAUCACAGAACUGGGGUGGGGGGAUUUGGUGAAAAGUUGCCAAACUAUUGUAAUGUUUUUGUCCAAAGUGAUGUGUCAACUUUUGUGACUUUUCUUUCCUUUUUUUUUUUUUUUUUUUUUUU